AUGACCGACAACAUUCCGUUAUAUACCGCCACCGUGUCUUUAUGCCCUUCCGUCAUCUCCGAAGCCGCCAUCGCCCGCUUGCCGCAAGUGGCGACCAACGCGGACCUCGACCUCCCGCCAUCUCUCCAGGAAACGAUCAGGGCCGUGCAGCAGCUCUCCAGCGGGAAAGCACCUGGAUCGGACGCAAUCCCUGUUGAGGCCUACAAGCACGGAGGUCCCCUACUGAUGGAUCACCUGACUGCGCUCUUCCAGGAGAUGUGGCGUCAAGGUGAAGUCCUGCAAGAUUUCAAGGACGCAACAAUCGUGCACCUAUACAAGCGCAAAGGGAAUCGCCAAGUCUGCGACAACCACCGCGGCAUCUCCCUACUGAACAUCGCCGGGAAGAUCUUCGCUUGCAUCCUGCUCAACCGCCUCAACAACCAUCUGGAACAGGGCCUUCUGCCGGAAAGCCAAUGCGGCUUCCGUCGUCAUCGUGGGACCACGGAUAUGAUCUUCGCAGCCCGCCAACUUCAGGAGCAGUGCCAGGAGAUGCGGACCCACCUGUACUCUACCUUCGUGGGCCUGACGAAAGCCUUCGACACGGUGAAUCGUGAAGGACUGUGGAAGAUCAUGCAGAAAUUCGGCUGUCCGGAGCGAUUCACUCAGAUGGUGCGUCAGCUGCACGACGGUAUGAUGGCGCGAGUCACGGACAACGGAGCUGUCUCAGAGGCAUUCGCAGUGACCAACGGAGUGAAGCAGGGCUGUGUGCUGGCGCCUACCCUCUUCAGUCUCAUGUUCUCUGCCAUGCUGAUGGACGCCUACCGCGACGAACGCCCUGGAAUCCGCAUCGCCUAUAGAACGGACGGUCAUCUCCUGAAUCGCCGGUGCAUGAACUUCCAAUCGCGUGUAUCCACAGCCACCGUGCACGAACUCCUCUUCGCCGACGACUGCGCCCUGAACACCACCUCAGAAGUGGAGAUGCAACGGAGCAUGGACCUAUUCUCCGCCGCCUGCGAGAACUUUGGGCUGGUUAUCAACACGCAGAAGACGGUGGUGAUGCAUCAGCCGCCUCCCAACUCAGCCACAGCCCCCAACGCGCCGCAAAUCAACGUGAAUGGGACUCAACUGCAAGUGGUAGAGAACUUCCCGUACCUGGGCAGCACGCUCUCCCGCAACACCAAGAUCGACGACGAAGUCGCCAACAGGAUCUCGAAAGCCAGUCAAGCCUUCGGUCGCCUCCAAAGCACGGUUUGGAAUCGUCACGGUCUCCAACUGAGCACAAAGCUGAAGAUGUACAAGGCCGUCAUCCUGCCGACGCUACUGUACAGAGCGGAGACCUGGACGGUGUACACGAGGCAGGCACGUCGACUAAACCACUUCCACCUCAGCUGUCUCCGCCGCAUCCUGAGGCUGAACUGGCAGGACCGCAUCCCCGACACCGAAGUGCUAGAACGGACGGGAAUUCUAAGCAUUUACUCCAUGUUGAGACAAAUGCAGCUGCGCUGGAGCGGCCAUCUGGUGCGCAUGGACGACGAGCGACUACCCAAACGACUCUUCUACGGAGACGUCGCGACGGGUUCUCGUCGUCAAGGAGGCCAAAUUCGCCGUUACAAAGAUACUCUGAAGUCCUCCCUGAAGCGCCUGCACAUCAACCCGACCAACUGGGAAGAGCUCGCCCGCGAUCGUCCGACAUGGAGGAGAACCGUGAAGACGGACGCUGCUAUCUACGAAGCCAACCGCAUCGCCGCCGCCAAAGUGAAACGCGAAGUCCGCAAAUCACAACUUCGCCCAAUACGCAACGCCGCCGCACAACCUCUCCCUACGUGUCCUCGAUGUCAACGGACAUUCCGGGCACGAAUCGGACUUGUUGGACAUCUUCGAACCAACUGCACCUCUCGAACUGCUCCAGCCAUCGUCCCCGCGCCCGCCUCUUCCUCGUCCUCUCUUCCGCCAACUAACUCAGACACUCCUUCUGCACCACCACUUCCAUCCUCCUCCUUCUCCUCCACUGCCCCAGCGGUGGCCGUUCAGGAUGCCGUCUCACACAUCGCCAACCACGACACAGCAACCGCAACCACCCCCACCUGCCCUCACUGCGACCGCACCUUCACCUCACACAACGGCCUGGUCGGUCACUUGCGAAUCCAUCGCACAGAGACUGGCGAACCAGUGCCCGGAGCACCAACCUACACCCACCGCACUCGCCUCCACUGCCCACAAUGCCCUCGCACCUUCCGGCAUCGCAUGGGCCUAUUCGGCCACAUGCGCAUCCACAACGACCUGCGGUAG